GUAGAGUAACGUCCGGACUAUCUACGCAUGCAAAAAAAAUUACUAACAUUGUAUGUUAGUUUUCUGAGAACGGAGCUGGUUUUCCAAAGAUCCUCUAGAAAUCCGAUUUCUGGAAUUUUCUCAAAAGUUGCUUCCGCUUGUACAAAGUUCUGCUCAAGUCUUGGCUAUUGAACAGCGAAAAUCGCAGAUCUCUAUCUUAUUUCUAUCAAAAGUUAUUCAAAAAGUGGCUGACUGUCUUGUAUUUUGGAACGCAUAGUAGUAAUAGAGAAGAACUUUCUUAUUUUGAUCAUCAUUCAACUGUUAUUCGACCAGUGAAUAUUCUAUUAGAUGUUGGACAAACGACAAUGAUCGAUAAAAUUGCAAGAAUUGAUGUUAAACAUAUAAUUAAUAAUGCUCGAGCAAGUCUUUCUUUAAUGACGACAUCUCAUUUGCCAAUUAAUGUGAUACAAACAAAAGAUGUUGAACAAUUUGAUGAAAAAGCUCUUAAAAACAAUCAACUUGGACUUCGUGGACCAACUGUUGAAAUUCUUGCAAUUGGAGAAGAAGAAGCCACUGAAGAUAUUGUUUUAUCUUCAGCAGGUGGGACUAGUAUUCAAUGUAAUCGUGAUCAAUAUGUAAUAUUUGCUGCUAAAGAUAUUAUUUUAUCUUCUGUAGAACAAACACCAUUUUUUAACAAACAUGCUUACACUGACGAUCAACAAGAAACUGAUGAUGAUAAUCAAUAUCAAUCAAAUGAACUUGAAAUGAUUAUUAAUGAAAAAUUAUGGAAGAGAGAACUAAAAUAA